AUGGAUUCGAUCGUGACGGAGGUUCGCGCGGGAUUGUGGACAAGGGGCGCACAAAUCGCUCGGGACGCUGACCACCGGACAACUAUCGACUGCGGAAAAGCUGGAGAGGGAGAUAGGAGGAAGACGGGAACCGAAGAAGACGGUCGUGCGCGAAGCAGAUCUUGUGAUCGGACCUCGUCUCAAGUUCAGUUCGUCGGCUUACUUCGACAUCAAAGCGAAGGCCGACGUGACGUGGACGGAGAAAUACGAUUGGAAUGGCGUCGAGAAGGUGGUCAUGUUGGUGAAAUAGACGGUCGAUCCCACCGAGAACGAGAAUAGGGCGGAAAUCCUCGAGUUGAUCGCUAAAGACGUCAAGGAUCUGAGCGUGGUGCCAAUUCGGAUGGCAUGCAAGUUCAACGAGGUCGGAGGGAUUACGGAGUGGUGGAAAAAAAGGAUGCGAACCAGUACGAACGUACGGUUCGUCGAUCCGCAGACGCCCGUUGGACCAAAACAACUUCCGAUGGUUGUGGUCAUCCCGGAGAAGUUCGACUCGGCGGAGAUGAUGGGUGGAUACCUCGAUUCACUCAUUCCGAGGAAUGCGGCGGUGGAGAAACUGAUGACUGGCCGGAAGUUGGAGGUGGCCAAGAGAGCGAAUCGAUCGACAUAA